AUGUGCAGAGCCGCCCCCCGUGGUCUCGUCUUGCAGCUGGCGCCCAAGAAGGCGUUGCGGGUGUCAUCCUCUUCCGGGGGGCGGACCGCGGUCCCGCCCGCGGUGAGCGGCGGGGUCCUCGGUGAGGUCGCAGACCCCUCCGCGGAGGUGGCCCCCGUGACGGUGGCUGGCGGAGCGACGGCGGCGUCGGUCGCGGGAGGGGGAGUGGACCCCGUUCCACCUUCGGCUCCCCCGGUCGUCCCUACAGCGCAGGGCAUCAUUCCCCCAGGUCCUCAGACCGGGGAGGUGAUUGACCUUGACGCCGACGAGGCGGAGGAGACGAUGGUGACGGGAGGUGUGACGGAUGCCCCCGCAGCCGUGGCGGGAUCGGCCGCGGCGGCAACAGAGGAGGGAGUGCCUGCCCCCGCGACUGCGGCAGAGGAGGCAGCGGCGACGGAGGCGGGGACCUCCGCCCCGAGGAUCCCAGCAAAGGUGGCUCCGGCGGCGGGGGCGGAGGGGCCCGCUCGAGGGACUCCGGCAGGAGCGGAGGAGCCUCCCUUGGUGGUUGCGGCGGAGGGCGAGGGAGCCGCGGGGAUACCUAUCUUGCCGCUCGCGUCGGAGGCGGCGCUGCCAUUGGGCGACCCCGCGGCGGCCUCGGCGGCGACGGGUGUGCAGGCGCCGGGGCCGUCGGUGAACCCGGCGGCUUCCGGUGUGGUGGUGCCAACUUCGACGGCAGCGUCAGGAUCGGCUCCCACCUCGGCCUUGGCUCCCAUCGUUCCCAGGGCGUGGAGAGGGUCCGUCCUGCGUUGGGCAUCCCAUGAGGACCCGUCGAGGCACCUCUUCACCCUGGACGACGCCGCGGAGUGGCACAAGUGGUAG